AUGGCAGUGAACAUAUAUUCAGCAUCAGUCACCAGUGAUAACCUAAGUCCACAUGACAUGCUGGCCUGGAUCAAUGAGUCUCUGCAGCUGAAUCUGACGAAGAUCGAACAGUUGUGCUCAGGGGCUGCCUACUGUCAGUUUACGGACCUGCUGUUCCCUGGCUCCAUUGCCUUGAAGAAAGUGAAAUUCCAGGCUAAGCUAGAACAUGAAUAUAACCAGAACUUCAAAAUACUACAAGGAGGUUUUAAGAGAAUGGGUGUUGACAAAAUAAUUCCUGUGGACAAAUUAGUAAAAGGAAAGUUUCAGGACAAUUCUGAAUUUGUUCAGUGGUUCAAGAAGUUUUCUGAUGCAAACUAUUAUGGAAAAGACUAUGACCCCGUAGCUGCCGGACAAGGUCAAGAAACUGCAGUGGCUCCCUCCCUUGCUCCAGCUCUGAACAAACCGAAGAAAUCUCUCAGCUCUAGCAGUGCACCUCCACAGAGGCCCAUUGCAACACACAGAACUACUGCAACCCCUAAGGCUGGCCCGGGUGUGGUGCGAAAGUAUCCCGGUGUGGGUAACGGGGAUGACGAAGCAGCUGAAUUGAUGCAGCAGGUCAAAGUAUUGAAACUUACUGUCGAAGCCUUGGAGAAAGAAAGAGAUUUCUACUUUGGAAAGCUAAGGAACAUUGAAUUGAUUUGCCAGGAGAACGAGGGGGAAAACAACCCAGUAUUGCGGAGGAUCGUGGACAUUCUGUAUGCCACAGACGAAGACUUUAUGAUACCUGAUGAAGGGGGCCCACAGGAGGAUCAAGAAGAGUAUUAACGGCCUGGACCAGCAGAGCAACAUCCGAAUUCUUCACUCCAAAUCAUGUGCUUAACUGUAAAAUACCCCCUUUUAUUAUUCUUAGAGGACUCACUGGUUUCUUUUCAUGAGCAAACAGUACCUCUUCUUAAAGUGCACUUUGCAGAAG